CCCCCUUCUGCUCGGCUUCUGCUGUUCCAGCGUCAUGGAAACCGCGCAUGCUCAUUUCGGGGGCACAACUGACUGACUUGAUUGCAUUUGGAAGAAGCAGCACAGCGUCUCUGGAAAGAAUAACGACUAAAGUAUUGGAGUGUCAAAAUGACCAGACGAAAACCUGGAAAACGAUGGAGAAGGACUGGUAACGAAGAAGAGCUAAAUAAACGACCAAGAAGGACUGCACAAUUGUCAUCUCUCCCUGCAGCCACCAAUGUUCAUGUGGAGGCUGAUCAGCAAUGUUUAGGAGGUGGCAGCAGGGGAAUACAGCAAGGGGGGGUGCCUCCUGGAGGAGCCCAAAACACUGCACUUCAAGGGGAACACGCCCAACCUCCAGGUGUCUAUGCAGGAUGUUCCACACUCACUCUGGAACAUCAAGCCUCUCAUCACCUGCCAGCACAAGGAAGUGUGGCACAAGAGAGUAUUUCAACUGCUGACUCUAUCGAAGACAAUGAAGAACCAUCUUCCAGAUCAGCCUUCAGAGAUCCUCCUGAUGGCCUAACAACUGAUGACAAUGCUGAGUAUGAUCCAUCUCAAUCAUUUGAGGAAGCUCUUCCUGAUGUGGGGGAUUGGACAUAUGAUGAUGGACAUGUGUUCAGUGAGGGAUUUGAAGAGGAUUUGAGUCAGGCGUGUGCAGAAGAGUCAAAUUUCAAACACACAACAGACAAACCAUUAUAUGACAAUGCAUCAAUAACUGUGGCAGAGUGCCUUUUGAUUAUCAUGUCUUAUGUAAACUGCCAUAAAGUAACUGAUAAGGCCCUUAGUGAUUUGCUUAAAAUGUUCAAGUUGCUUUGUCCCGAUAGUCUGAAUACAGACUGCUUAAACAGUGUACAGAAGUUCAAAGACUUUUUUUUCUCCCACUGUGCAUCAUCCCACUUGUGCAGUCUAUUCCUGUUAUUUCACAAACCAUAAAGCCAGGGAUUGCCAUAGUUGAAUUUUAUACACGGAUGUCUAAAGAUGAUAGUUUCUGUCAGGAAAACAAUGAUUUGUCUCGGACUAAACUAUAUGGAGCGUCUAGUGAACUUCAGCUGGACACAGUUCACCUCUCUACAUUGGAAAGACAUGCUGGUCACUGCAUCAAUUCUAAAACAUUAAGGAUCUUUCACAGGGCACAAGUUAAGAGAAAUUAUCUCACAUCAAAACACUUUGGGAAAGGCAAUAGAAGAAACAAUUUUACAGUUGUUUUUUCUAGUGAAGGACAAACAAAGUAUGGACAGAUUGAGUUCUUCUUUACCUCAGAACAAUCAUGUGCCAAAUGGGCCCUUGUUCAUGAAUUCAAAGGUGCAGGUUUUUCUUUGCUACAAGAUAGUGUAACAAAUGGUACAUGUGAUCAUGUUGUUCCCCUAUUGGAAACCUCUACCAAUACAGUAGUUUCCUUGGAUAGUAUAUUGGGUAAAGUUGUUUUCCUUGACUUGACAUCGAUGCCUGGCAUUGUGUUUGCUGCUCAUUUCCCAAAUACACUUGAAAAGUUUUAAUCCGUUAAGACCUGAACUGGCCUAAGAAGCAACAUGUCGAAUGAUCGAUCAUUGAAAUGACAUGCUCACCCAUCUGACGACUUGCCGUGAAUGCUUUGUAGAAUUAGAAGACAUCUUUAGAAUUGGCCUCGAUUUUUCAUGAACCUAUAUUGGAUGCAACAAACGGCCUACAGUGUGUGGUGGCAAGAUGAAUUGCCUCUACUAUAUUUUCAGGGUGACUCAAAUGAUUAUUUAAACAGUAUGUUCUCCAUUAUGUGUUACACAUCCGAAGACUCUCUUUUACUGCUCUAUACAAUAGAGUUUUGCUGUGAAUUCUGUCAAAAACAACUGUGUAUUCAUCUACUACAUAUCAUCUACUCUACUGUCAGAAAACAAUUAAAUUAAAUUGACAGCACAAAUUGUUAUUGAGUUAUAUUAAUUGUGUAAGAAAUCAACAAAUUUUAUAAG